AUGGCGGGCCCCUCCCCGCGCGGUGUGCUGGAGGUGGUGCUCAGAGCACCGGUGACAUACGUCAUGAUUCAGUUUGUCGCCGUUUACUUGCUCUACCUGCUGUUUCGCUGGCUGAUACACAGGCUGCGCGUAUGGUUUGAGCACGUUCCUGCCAUCUCUGUGCCUCUGCCGACAGAGGCCCAAAAUGCCGUCAAGGUUGAUCCCAAGAGCCAUGUGGGGGACAGGACAAUACCUUGUUACGACCCAAGCACAAUGCGUCUCCUUGGAACAGUGCCGGCAAUGAACACUAAAGAAGUGAAUGCCACUGUUGAUGAAGCAUGGAAGGCAGCAAAGAUUUGGAAGAGGUCCACUUUCGAUCAAAGGCGGCUUCUUUUGAAGAUUCUGCAGAAAUUCACAGUUGAACAUCAAGAGGACAUAUGCAGGGUGUCUGCUCGGGAUUCAGGCAAAGUGGUGGUAGAUGCUCUGUUUGGUGAGCUGAUGGUUACCUGUGAGAAGUUUGCAUGGCUCCGUUCAGAGGGGGAGAAAUACUUGAGACCAGAGAAACGGUCUGCAGGAGUCAUGAUGUUCUACAAGUCAGCAAGGGUGGAGUAUCAUCCAGUUGGUGUGGUCGGCGCUAUCAUUCCAUGGAACUAUCCUUUCCACAACUUCCUGAACCCUGUCAGUGCGGCAGUAUUUGCUGGCAAUGCCAUUGUUGUCAAGGUAUCAGAGCAGACCUCGUGGUCCUCCCAAUACUAUAUGGCAGCCGUCAAGGCUGCCCUUGCUGCCGCAGGGGCUCCUCCCAACCUGGUCCAGAUCGUGACUGGAUAUGCGGAGGCUGGUUCUGCCCUCGCAUCCGCCAAGCUCGGAAAACUCAUAUUCGUGGGUUCCACGGCCGUAGGCAAGAAAGUAAUGGAGACAGCAGCCAAGCGUCUUACCCCUGUGGUUCUGGAGUUGGGGGGCAAGGACCCUGUCAUCAUUUUUGAUAACAUCAAUAUUGCAAAGGCUGUUCCCUUCGCCCUCCGUGCUGCUUUCCAGUCCUGUGGCCAGAACUGUGCUGGUGGGGAGCGCUUCAUAGUCCAUGCACGCAUAUAUGAUAAGUUCUUGCAUAUGGCAGUGGAGACAGUCAAACGCAUGACUUUCGGAGAAGCCCUUGGCAGUGAUAGGGUGGACAUGGGGGCAAUGUGCUUGCCAGGAUUGGCUGAAAAGGUCCACAGUCUCGUUCAGGAUGCUGUGUCCAAGGGUGCCAAGCUCCUGAUUGGUGGGGAGCUGCCACAACGGGAGGGGCAGUUCUACCCUCCAACCAUAUUGGCCGAUGUCACCAAUGAUAUGAAGAUUUGGACAGAGGAAGUGUUUGGACCGGUGAUGGCUGUCGUCCCGUUCGACGAAGAAGAAGAAGCUGUCCACCUGGCCAACGACUGCCCCUUCGGCCUUGGCUCCAACGUCUUUUCCAGCCAAUACUCGGUUGCUCGACGCGUCGGGGCCUGUCUGGAUGCUGGCAUGACCAACAUCAACGACUUUGGAACAACGUACAUGUGCCAGUCGCUGCCCUUUGGUGGCAUAAAGGACAGCGGCUUCGAUAGAUUCGCGGGCGUGGAGGGCUUAAGGGGCCUGUGUGUGACGAAGUCGGUGUGCGAAGACUGGUGGCCGUUUCUGAUGACCACAAACAUACCCCCUGCACUGCAGUACCCUGUCAAGCCACAUGCAGGGGCAUUCGUCCAGGCCCUUGUGAAGAUGUUCUAUUCCUUAGGUUGGAAAGAGCGCUUCCAAGGCCUCAUCGAAGUCGCCAAAUGUAGUCUCUCCCCAUCUUCAGCGGGGUCAUCAAAAAAGGAGUGA